AUGUCUGUUAAAACAAUCGAAUCUUAUUUUAAUAAUACACAAAAUUCUUCUAAAAGCAUUAAUAAUCGGAACCAAACUAACAACAAAUUAAAAAAUAGACAAAAAAAAAAUCCUGUACCUAUUCACAAUUACCUUGAGAUGCUUGAAGAUGGCACUCGUAUUUGUAAAGUCUGUGAUAAAGAUAAAGGUGUUGUAGGUAAAUGGGGUCCACUCACGUCGUUAAUGCCUAUAAUGCGCUACUUUGAACAAAAACAUCCAAAUACUUUUAAAGUAUUUGGAAAAUUUGCUGCAAAACUU